CAGGGGAGUUUACUCAGGCUUCUGUGUGUGUGAGUAAUUACAGGGCAGAGCGAGAGCGAGAGGGGAAAAACUUUUUCUGCUCUCCUCCUCUUUCCUCUAGUUUUCCCUGCGUGUGUCCGAGAGCCCGACAGACAAAGACGGACCCCCGGCCUGAUCUCCAUCUCUUCUCCUCACCCUCGUCCUACCUCCCUCACUUCCUCACCCCUGGUACAAUACACUUCCCCUUCUCAAGCCUGAAGGGGAAACGACGGAGGGGGGGGAGGGAUACGGUUUCUGGACAACAAUGGAAACUCAAUCAGGAAAUGGAGAGGAGUUGACCUCGGGCUUGGUUGCCAGUCGCGCCUGUGGGCCGCAGGUAGAGGCAGCGGGCGAGCCGGUGCUCAGAGAGGACCAGCAGGCUGCUAAGAGGAUCGAGAGGUUUCACAUCCCCCUGGAAAGUCUGAAGAAGAUGUUUGAGAAGCCGGCCGUGACCGAUACGGAAGUGACAGCCGUCCCCAGCUCCCCGUCCAAACGCCUGACGUCCAGUAUUCUCCCGUCAACAGACCCGACCAUGGCCUCAGCGCAGGACGCCUCUCUCUCUGCAGGUGGCCCCGGACGUCCCGAGGACCAGGAGGCCGAGCCGGUGUCGGUGAAAGAGCGGCUGGCCAUGUAUCAGGCGGCCGUGUCCAAAAAAGAAACCAGCGCUUCCUCCUCCGCUGCGAUGAUGGAGGAGUCGGAGGCGUGCUCGCUGCCCGGCGGCCUGGCCAGCGUGAAGAGACAGUUUGAGAACCAGGAGUUCACGUCUUCAUCCGCCCAGUCCAGCGUCACCCAGUUUCACUUCCAGCAGAAAUCCGUCCAGGAAGUGUCCAGCUCCUCCGAGGUGAUCGUGAAAAGCAGCUCCAGAGAAGUCGUCCCCUCCUCUGGAAUCCUCCACACUCAACAAGAGGUGGUCCACGAUCAAAGAAUCCACCAUAACAAUGUGGCCGGCAGUUACGGGAACCAUUACAAUGAAACAGUUAUGCUUGUCGGAGGAGAGGACCCACCAAAGGUUUCCACUCAGGCUUUGAAGCAGCAGUAUGAAAAAACCAUUGAGGAAGCGGCACCAGCCAAGGAAAUUAAGGUUGACGUGGACUUUCAAUGGGCGCCGAUGAAUCCGUCCCCCGGAGCCUCAGCAGUGACGAGCUACGACACGUCCUCCACUGUAAAGACCACGUCCUCUGUGGCGUCUUCUGCAUCAGCGGCUUAUGAGGUGACCGAGCAUUUCCCUCCCCCCCCCUCAAACUUUCUGCAGGAAGUCCCGGAGUACGCCGGCUCCUCCCAGCCUCCGGAUGCGGCCUCCCAACACAAGCACACAGUCAGUAAAGAGCAAUAUUUCAAACAGAAGAGCAUGGCCGAGCUGAAGCGCCUCUACAAACACAUCCACCCGGAGGUCCGCAAGAACCUGGAAGCAGAUUUCCUGAGUCAGCUCACCGAAGCCCAGAGGAAGGACCUGGAAAACCAAGAAUUGGUGGGUGAUGUCCAGCAGGUGUGCUAUCAUUUUGAGAACGAUGGCAACGGCUCGAGUAAACUCUCGAGCCCCGACAGGGAGUCCGUGGAUUGGGAGGAGAUCCUCAAAGGGGAAGUUCAGUCCAUGCGCUGGAUGUUCGAAAACAAGCCGCUGGAUACGAUUAAAGACGACAGCCCAGAUGAGAAUGAGGUGAGGAACAUCGCUCAGCAGGAAAUCAUCGCUGGCAAAGACGUCAGAUACACGGCCUGGAUGUUUGAGACUAAGCCCAUGGAUGCUCUCAGCACAGAGGCCGAGAAUUCAACCGAGCAGGAGGAGAAAUCGUCUGAUCUGGCGAGAGGUGACGUCCGCACGGCUACGUGGCUUUUUGAGACGCAGCCGCUGGAUUGCUUGAAUAAAAUCUACAUUGAGGGCGAGCAGGAGGCGGAUGAUGGCAUCACCCGGGACAUCACAGGAGGAGAUGUGAAAACCGCCAGGUAUCUGUUCGAGACGCAGCAUCUGGAUUCUCUCGGCAAAACGGAAACCAUCGAGGAGAGCCACUUCCUGAGCCUGAAGUCAGAGCUGGAAGAGAUUAAAGGGGAAGUGAAGACGACCACUCGCAUGUUUGAGACCCAGCCCAUGUGUGUGAUCAGGGGGGAUUCAGGUGAGAUGCUGGAGAUCACCACCAUCCGCAAGGAGGAGACCGAGAAAGGGGAUGUGAAGACGUCCCGCUGGAUGUUUGAGACUCAGCCUCUGGAUAUGAUCAACAAAGACCCUGCCAAGGUGAAGCUGAUCUGUGGCAUCUCCAUGGAGGACAACGCUGAAGGCAGCGUGAACAAAGGCAGAUGGCUUUUUGAGACGAAGACUCUGGACACCAUUAAGGAUGAAGAGUGGGAGGUCUCCAGGAAGCAAAAGGAGGAAAUCCUCGGAGCAGACGUGAGGAGACACUGUCUGGUCUUCGAGACCCAGCCGAUGGACACGCUGAAAGACAACGCCAACGCUCAACCUCUGUGCUCUGAGGAGAUCGUAGGGGGAGACGUUCAAUCAGCAAAACAUCUGUUUGAAACGGUGCCCAUGGAGAAUCUGAAAGAGCUGCUCGAAGUGGGAAAACUUCAGAAGAUGGUUGCGUCUGACGAGGAGAAGGGCGACGUGAGGCAUCAGAAGUGGGUGUUCGAGAGCCAGCCGCUGGAGAACAUCAGAGAGGAGAGGAGGGAGGUUUCCAGGACAGUGAACAUCGAAGCUCUCGAUAAGGGAGACGUCACAAACUAUAAAGAGCGCUUUGAAAGUAUGGAUUUGAGUAAGUGUGAAGGGACGCAGAGAAUUCAGGUGGAAGGCGUCACGAGUGGUUCUGUCAGAUCCAACCGAGUUCUCUUUGAAUCCACGCCCAUGUACGCCAUGCAGGACAGCUCGGGUCAUUACCACGAGGUGAGGACGGUGAGGCGGGAGGAGAUCGUGAAAGGAGACGUACGCAGCUGCAGGUGGAUGUUUGAGACGCGGCCCAUCGACGAGUUCGACGACAGCAUCAACAAGUUUCAGAUCAUUAAAGGGAUUUCCAAACAGGAGAUGGAGGCGGGGGAUGUUAAAACCGCCAAGUGGUUGUUUGAAACCCAACCGCUCGAUGCCAUUAAGUGUAAAUCCGAGGAUGAAGAAGGUCAAACUAAGGAGGGCAUUGAAAUAGAAAAAGGAGACGUGAAGACGUGCAGGUGGCUGUUUGAGACUCAGCCGAUGGACGCUCUGUACGAGAAGUCGGAGAGGAGCGAGGCGGGCGAGGAGCUGGUGCAGAGAGGGGACGUCCAAACGUGCACGUGGCUCUUUGAGACGCAGACGCUCGACAACAUACGUGAUCACACCGAGUCUGAGACCAUUCUGAAGACGUGCACGGUCAAUCAAGAGGACGUCCAGGGAAAAGACGUCCGGCUGGCGCGCUUCCUUUUCGAGACGGAGAAUCUGGAAAACCUCACGGGCGAGGACAGCAGCUCUUUCAGGAGGGUGACGGAAAUCGACAUCCAGUCUGGUGACGUCUCCCGGAUGAAGUACAUCUUCGAGAACCGCUCCUCGGACAUCAUGAGCUCCACCUCGGGGGAGACCAUGCACAGGCUGAAGACGCAGCAGGCCGAGGACAUCCAGAAGGGCAACGUGGUCAACUGCACCUGGAUGUUUGAGAACCAGCCGAUGGACGCCAUCCACGAGGACGUGACGGAGCUGAAGGAGACUCGCACUGUGACCGACGUCCGGGGGGGAGACGUGGGCAGAAGUCGCUUCACUUUUGAGACGUGCUCUCUGGAUCAAAUCAAAGAGGAGUCCUCUGAGACGGAUAUUUCAAAACUCACAAGUAUCUUUAGGGAUGAAAUGGAAAGAGGGGAUGUAAAGAACUACACCAUGAUGUUUGAAUCUCAGCCGCUGUACGCCAUCCGAGACAAGGAGGGUCACUAUCAUGAAGUCACUACGCUCACCAAGGAGGAGAUCAUGAGAGGGGAUGUGGUGGGGGCGCGGUGGCUGUUUGAAACAAAGCCGCUGGAUUCCAUCAGAGAUUCCGAGGAGGUGUAUGUCAUCAAAGCUGUGACUGAGGAAGGCAUCAACAAAGGAGACGUCAGUUCCGCCAGAUGGAGGUUUGAAACACAACCUCUGGAUGAAAUCACAGAGGAAAUAAAAGUGAGGUCAAAAACAAUCGAAGAUAUCCGAGGCGGCGACGUGAAGACGAACACUCGGCGGUUCGAGGCCGACGAGGCGUCUCAGAAGUUCAUCAGAACCGUCAGCGUGAGCGAGAUCCAGAAGGGAGACGUCAGAUCGGCCACGUGGAUGUUUGAAACCCGCACGAUGGAGGAGAUCCACGGCGAGGGCGUCGAGUACGAUGGCAUGGAGCGGGUGACAAAGGAGGAGGUAAUGAAAGGGGAUGUCAAACAGUCUGUGUGGCUCUUUGAGAAGCAGCCGCUCGACAGCAUCAAAGAGGCCGACGGCACCGAGCUCGCUGUGACUAAGGAGGAAAUCCCACAAGGCGACGUGAAGACGACCACGUGGCUAUUUGAGACCACGCCGUUCCACGACUUCAACGAGAGCAGCACGGAGAAGACAGAGAUACUGGGCAAAAGUGUCAAAGAGACGCUGGAGGAGCUGUACUGUCAGAAAAUGGUGGAUUCACAAGGUAUCCUCAUCGAGGCCGAUGAGAUCGGUGAUGUUCGCAUGGCCAAGUUCAAACUCAUGAAUCAGGACGUGCCGCAAAUUCAAAGAGAGGAGAUUAUCAAAGGGGAUCUGAGCCACAUCAUGAUGAACCUCCUGAACCGCAGGGAGGGCACGGAGAGGGGGAUAACCGUGGACGUGGAGGAGCGAGGGAGCAUCGACACCACGGUGAAGCAGCUGUUCAGCCAGGAACGAGGGAUCAAUGUUGAAAGAGAGGAAAUCAUCCGCGGUGACAUUCAAGAGGCCAUUAACAAUCUGCUCAAGAACGAGGGCUCCUCCAAGCGUGGCAUCCUGAUUCAGGAGGAUGAGAAAGGCGACGUGAGGAUGACGAUCUAUUCCCUCUUGAAUAAAGGCGAGAGGGCCAGCAUGGAGAAAGAGGACAUCGUACAGGGGAACGUCAGCCGGACGCUCCACCGCCUCCUCUCCAACUCAGGUGGGGAAGAGUCCAAGAAGAUAAAGGUCGGAGAAAUGGAGAGGGGCAACGUCAGCUUCUACUCCACCUGCAUCGAGUCCGGAGCCCUGGAUUACCUGAAACAGCUCCAGAGCCAGUCUGACGUGGUCCUGGAGGAGGUGGAGAAGGAGCGCAUCAUAGGAGGUGACAUCGUAGAGACCAAAAUCCUGCUGAGGAACAACCAGCAGCAGAUUGGCCGCACUGUGGCGGAGGAGGAAAUAGUUCCCGGUGACGUGCACAGCAUUGUUAAAGUCUUCAUGACGGAGCCGUCGGUGACCUUCAGGAACCUGGAGACCAUGGAUAUCGUUAAAGGUGACCUGAACGCAGCCCUGGAUUCACUAACACAAGCUGCCAAUCAGAGAGUGGUGAUAGAGAAAGAGGAGGUGGUGAAAGGAGACAUCCCAACGACCCUGAGGUCCCUGGAGGAGGCGCAGCAUCAGGCCAAAGAGAUGGAAAAGCCAGAAAUCGUCAGGGGAGACAUUAGAGGUGCUCUCGUGUCGCUGGAGAAAUCCGCAAGCACUAAAACAGAGGUGACCUUGGAGGAUUUAGUGCCAGGUGAUAUCAAAGGGACCCUGAAGUCGCUGGAGGAGGCCACGCAAGCUGUGAAGGAGGUGGAGAGGGAGGAGAUCGUGAAAGGAGACGUUCACACCGCCGUGCAGAACUUAUACGAGGCGUCGAGCGACAAGAAGAUUUACCAGCAUCAAGUGAGCGAGCAGGGCGACGUUAAAGCCACGAUCCAGCUUUUGCUCGAGCCGUCAGCGUCCUCCAGAAUGCAGCGGAGAGGAAGCACCGAGGGAGACGUGAAGACAUCCAUCAAGUCUCUCUAUGAAGGACAGGAGGCGUCACAGGUGGAAAAAGAGGAGGUGUUGAAAGGGGACGUUCAAGGAGCGAUUAAGUGUCUCAUGCAGAGAAAACAAUAUUCAAAACCAAAACAUAUGCAUUCUCCCAAGAAAGCAAAAGUACCCGUGAAGAAUCCAUUAACUGGAAAGCAAGGGGAGCCUGAAUGUGUGCACGAAUCCGGGAGUGAGAGUGCAGCAGUCAAUCCUGCCCCCGCUGUGAAAAACCUUUCUCAGAUCAGUGAGUCACAGAAGCACACGCAGCAGCACAACCAAAGCAAAUCAGUGAAAACACAGGUUAUAACCCAAGAGGGCCUCUCUGUUACUGUAGCCAAAACAGACAGCACCACCGGGGCCUCUCAGCUCAAGAGCACAAAGGAACAGAAGCAGAAAGCUCUGCCUGCUCAGAAAGUACAGCCGCCAAAGCCUUUUGUGAUUAAGAGUAAACCAACUAAUGAUCAGACGGAGACGAGGGCAGCUGAUGUGACGAGAGACGUGAACAUCACGUCCCAGACAAACGUCUCCAACAAGCAAACAUGUGAAUCGAAGACGAUCAGACAGGUGCAGACGACGGUGACGGAGAAAACGGUGAAGCAGAAUGUGAAAGUGUCCGAGUCCACGUCACAGAGCAAAUCUGUCACGGGAAAUAUGAAAAGUACGAAGAGCGACCGCUGCAACCUCGAUGUGAAAGUGAUGAAAAAGGUGAAGCCAGAGAUUCACUUCCCCCCUCCCCCCUUGUCACCGCCCCCACCCUCAGAGUCCGAGCUCUCCCUCCCUCCGCCUCCAUCACCCGUGCUGGAGAGCCCGGUGUCCAGCCCCAUGCAGGACACCGACCUCCCACCUCCGCCACCUCCACCCCCCGUGGAAUGCACAAAGUCUGAGGCUGACUUUUAUCUCCCUCCUCCUCCGCCGCCAACUCCACCAUCUGCAAGCGGCCAAGAUUUCCUCCCACCACCUCCCUCGCAGCAAGAGCUCAACGCCAUGCCUCAGCCGCCCCCUCCCAGCAAGCUGGGCAAACCCGUCAUCAGCAGGCCUUUGUUCAAAGUGCCCAAGCAGCCGGAAACACAGAAGCAGCCCGUGCAAGUCAAACCCAAAUGGCAGAAGAAGCAGCCGACACCGCCUCCACCUCAGCUGCCGCCCAAUCAGGAAGCAGCCAAGGAGGAGGUCACAGUUCAAGAGGUGAAAAAGGAAACGACGCAGAAGAUGGAAACCAGCGAACACAGUCAGUCUGAAUCCACGACUGUGUCAGUGACAAAAAUACCAAACGUCCCGCUUGUGAAACCAGCGCAAAAAGAAAGAAAAGCAUUUGUGCCCCCAAUCAAACUGCCCCCACCUCCUGACCCCGCCCCGGCCCCGAAGCCUCGAGCCUACGCCCGCAAAUUCAAAACCCCCCUCAUGCUGGCAGAGGAGAGAUUCCGCCAGCAGAUGAUGGAGAAAGAGGACGUGGACAAGAGUAGAGUCACCACCCCCACUUCUCCUCCGAUUAAUAUGCCCUCCUCUGAGACGUCUGUGGCCAUGGAGGAGAGCAAAGAGAAGGCAGAAGAAGUCCAGGCAGUUUCCAAAAAGGAGCUCACACCUGUGAAGAAGACGCCCUCACAGAUCCCUCUGAGCAAACCCUCCAUCUCAGUGGCCAAUAAGAAAUCAGCUGCUGCAUUCUCCAACGUGUCCUCGGAAAAAAAGCACAUCACCAGCGAGCAAUCCUCAGAGAAGAUCCUCUCCUCGGCCGAGGCUGGUCAUCAAACAGCGAGCAGACAUCUGUCUCAGUCUCAUCAUGAGGCCUCCAGUAUCCAGUCCUAUUCCAACGUGACUUCUUCAGUUCAGGAAUUCAGCUCCCAGUCAAUCUCCACCGUCCAGGAAAGUCUUCAAAGCCAGGCGGCGGUGACAGUGAAAGCUAAAGAUGUGAAGAAUAUUAAUGUGCCUCUGACACAGGAGGGGAAAAUGAGUCCUUCUCUACCAACUAAGAUCCCAAAGGUAACUCCGAGUUUCAAGGUGAAGACCUUUAAGCUGCCGACGGAGAAGAGAGAGGAGAAAGGAGACGGACAGAAGGAGGUGGUGAAAAGUGAGAUGCAUUCACAUCAGGAGAAGCACGUUGUGUCUCAGAGAAGUGAGAUCAAAGUGAAGCAGGAAAGCAAACAGCUGACGUCAGAAACAGAGGUGAAGAUAAAGCAGGUGACCCCGCCUGCGAAGGAGGUGGAGGUGGAGGUGAAGAAGGGAAAGCAGACGCCCCAGAAUGAGACGGAGGUGAAGCUGUCCCCGUCUGUUACUGUUUCAGUGCCUAAGAUGACAAAGAUAACAUCUGGAGCAGCUCAUCAAGGACCAGGCCACGUGUCUGUCUCCCACAGUCAGCAGAGCAUGAAGGAGGAGCGCGUGCACAGACAGGAGGAGGUGCUGGUGACCGAGCGCCUCGUGCAGACGCAGCAACGAAACACGGAGACAAGUAAGAUAAAGGCUGGGAUUUCAAAAGGUGAGACUAAACACGUGUUUGUGAAAGGGACGGGGAAAAUGAGUCAUAAAGACGAGGCUCAUUGUGAGGAAAUCACAGAUCUAGAGAAAUGUGAUGUCAUGCGGAAGCUGCUCGUUCAAAUAAAGGAGCUGGAGGGCACGCCGAGCAAAAUAGACUCCCAGGCUGUCAGGGCGGUGAUAAGCGAGUUCGCUGAGUGGCUGAUCGGCUCGGAGGAGAAGAAGAACUUAGCUGAAAUAGCAGUUAAACAGCAAAGUAAGAAAAAGAUGAAAGAGAUGUUGUUUUAUGUGAAAAACAUCGUUCAAACGAAGCUCACGUUUUUUGAGCAGAAGAUGACAGCCGUGGAAAAGCAGGAGAAAGAAGCCCCACCAGUAUCACUAGCACCGCCACCAGUGCUUCCAAAACCAGACAAGAAAGUUUUCUAUGCUGCGACGGCAAAGAUGUCAAAGAUCAGUUCGUCCAAAACUGAAAAGAAGGUGUUGGAGGAGAGAAAGUGGGUUCAGGAGAGCAAAGUGCAGCAGGAGCUGGUUGAUCAGCGGGUGUCGUCUCCGCUAGCCAGCAUCCGCUCCCCCUCCCCCACCUUCAUCAGCAUCGAGUCCAGGAGGGUGGAGUCUCCGCUCAGAGUGACGCCCUCUCCUCCGCCCUACAAAGCCGUCGGGACGCCUCCGCCUCCCCUCCGCAGGUCGUUCACGCCCACCUCCGCCUUCAGCCGGGCCACGCCCUCUCCCACCAUGAGCCGCUCUGAGAAGAUGAUGAAGCUGAGGGACACCACCUCCAAGCUCUCCUGCGACGCCCCCCCUCCACCCCCUGCGGUGACACCUGAGUGUUUUGCCGCCGACAGAGAGCAGUCGUCUCCUUUUGGCGACAGGGGGACUCCCGUGGAGAGGAGCGAGCAGGGGUCGGGGGAUGUCUCAGAAACUGGGGAUUCAAUGACGACGGUCCGGGACAAGAAGUCGUUCUUUGAGGAUGCCCAGAAGGCGGAGGUGAACAGGAUGUACAUGCGGAGGGAUCCCAUCGAUAUCCCAGAACGUCUGGGGCUGGAUGCGGAGGAGAGCACCGAGGCCGUGAUUAUAGAUAUCCUAAAGGAGGACCUCCCCAGAGUGGACUUGUCUAAGCUGGUGAACAGGUUUGAAUCCCCUAAAGCUAAAGUCUACGCCAGAAAGGAACCUAUCGUGAUCACAGAGCGGCUGGGGAGUGACACGGAGGACGCAGACGCUGAGCCGCACACGCCGAGGACUGAGGAGAUCCCAACAUUCAACGUUAAAGCCAUAAAGAACGUGUUCGAGACCGGAGAGCACAGUUCUCAGGCGGCCCGAGAGCUGAGGGAGCAAAUCGAGAGAAGAGAAUCCGAGUCGGGCGUCCCCGAGUCGCUCGGCCACUCUGAAACCACAUCGGUCACCGAGCAAUUCUGCAGCAUCGAUGAUGGCGGCAGCAUGUCGACAGAGAUGAGGAGUGAGAUGCAUUCUGGGAGCUCCUUGACCCGCGGCAACCCCCCGUCCUACGCCGACGUGGUGAGGGGCAGCGUUCCCACGGUGGCCGGGCCCCUCGAGGCCUCCACCGAGGAUCUGCUGAGGAGCUUCCAGGAGUCGUGGGCCGAGAGCCAGGGAGUUUUCCAGAACCUGGGUUUCAGUGUCACGGAGCAGAGGACGUCUCAGGUGGUCACGCGCCACCAGGAGACCGUGAUGACGGAAAACUCGAAUUCCAGAGUCCGAAGUGUGCAGGGCGUGUCGGAAGAGGGUCUACCCCAUGGAGUCGCUGAUCGCAGACCAACACAACUUCCAUAA